CCACUAGAUCACGACGGACUCUGCAGGAAACUGAUGGUGAAAUAUAUGAAAUGUCUGCAUACUAACAAAAACGAUAAUUCCGUCUGUCGAGAAGUUGCCAAAGAGUAUUUGGGCUGCCGAAUGGAAAAUAAUCUUAUGCACAAGGAAGAUUGGUCCAAACUAGGUUUUUCUGAUUUGGAGAAAAAGUCUUCCUAAAAUGGUCAAAAUUUUGAUUGGAUGCACCGGGAGUGUUGCUACUAUCAAACUACAUAACUUACUUGAGUCUAUUUCACUUGGUUUUGGUUCAAAAACAGAAAUUAAGGUUUGCUUUACUGAGCACUCAAAGCAUUUCAUCGCUGAAAACAGCAUUGAAGAUGUCUGUACCUAUUCCGAUUCAGACGAAUGGGAAGCUUGGUCACAAAGAGGGGAUCCUGUGUUACAUAUAGAGUUGUCGAAAUGGGCAGACGUGUUUUUGAUAGCUCCUUUGGAUGCUAAUACUCUUGCGAAAAUUUCAAAUGGUAUUUGCGAUAACCUACUCACUUGCGUUGUGCGAGCUUGGGACUUGAACAAGCCUCUCAUAUUCUGCCCGGCGAUGAACACUAGAAUGUACCAGCACCCCAUAACCUCUCAGCAGAUAUCGACCCUCAAAACCUGGGGAUACCAUGAAGUUCCAGUGAUCGAGAAAGUACUUAUAUGUGGUGACAGUGGUCUUGGUGCAAUGGCCGAAGUAGCAACUAUUGUAGACUUUUUGAAAAGUGUAGUUUCAGAGAAAAUAGUUUUAUAAACAUAUGUAUUCAAUGUUCAUACUGAUUUUUUUUUUAGUUCACUGAGUCUUAGUAUUCCCAAUAGAAGGUUAUGUCUUAGUUACCCUGGUUAAAAUAAAUCUGUUGAAAUCUG